AUGGACGGGGACGAGCUCAUUGCCUCGGUCUAUCGCAAGAUCGAGAGGGAAAAGGCCCUCAUAACCGCUGCGACCAACAUGCGGCAGUCCACCGAUAACCCCCUCGUCCAACAACGAGUCGACGCGAAUAUCCGCGAUGGCCGGAAAAACAUCGCCUACUUGGAGGAGAAGAUGAGAGAGCUUCAGAUCCGUCGCAUCGAGCAUGAUGGUGGCGGUUCCCCCACCGAGAGCCGUCAUCCGUAUGGGGGGAAUCCGGCUGCCUCGGGCCCGGUACCUCCUCCGAAAGAUUAUGGCUACGGGGGGGAUGAGGAAUACGAUGAUGCUGCUGGUGGCUUUCCGCAAGGAGGAGCAGGCUCCAUGCCAUCGGGCGCCCCGUUUUCUGAUCCCCGUCCGUUUGCUCCGGUUCCCAAGGCCAGGCCGAAUUACACUAAGCUUGACUUGAUCAAAUAUGACACACAGUAUCUCGGUCCGAAGAUCCAGCUCAUGUUGUCCCAGCUCGAAUUCAAGUUGAGUGUCGAAAAACAAUACAAAGCCGGUAUUGAGAAGAUGGUCCGUCUAUAUCAAGAUGAAGGGGAUAGGAAGAGUCGCGCCGAUGCAGAGGGUCGACGGAUUGAAAGUAACCAGAAAAUCCAAUUGCUCAAGCAAGCCCUUAAGCGAUACGAAGACCUCCAUGUCGACAUUGAAUCUUCGGAUACCCCCGACGAUGAAAGUCUCAGCACUCCUAACAUGCGCAAACCCUUGACGGGUUUGUUGACGAUGCGCAUCCAGGCUGUCAGGGAUGUCGAUCAUGCGGCAAGCUCCAGAUUUUCUCGUGGUCCGGAAACAUUCGUUGUUCUCAAAGUCGAAGACGCCAUUAAAGCGAGAACGAGGGCGACCCGGUCAGACAGGUGGCAAGAUGAAGCUUUCAGCAUCGACAUCGAAAAGGCCAAUGAAAUUGAAUUGACUGUGUACGAUAAAUCCGGGGACCGACCCACGCCAAUCGGUAUGCUUUGGGUUCGUAUAUCGGAUAUCGCAGAGGAAAUGCGUCGUAAGAAAAUUGAGACCGAGUUCAACGCCUCGGGCUGGGUAUCUGCCGACAAGAUGGAACACGGUGGCUCGACGGCGCGACCAGAUCCAUCCGCUCCCCUAGGAUCUCCCCAGAACCCGGGUCCGGCAGGACCAACCGGCGCCGCAGGGCAAGGUCAAGGGGGCGCUGGUGGUCCUUCAGCAAGCCAUGUCAUGGUCGAUUCUUGGUUUGCGUUGGAGCCUGUUGGCCGGAUUAAUCUGUCAAUGAGCUUCGCCAAGCAAUUGAAGGACCGACGACCAUUCGAUAUCGGAUUGAAUCGUCAAGGUGCUGUCCGUCAGAAGAAGGAAGAAGUCCACGAGAAGCAGGGACACAAGUUUGUCACGCAACAGUUCUACAACAUCAUGCGUUGCGCUCUUUGCGGCGACUUUUUGAAGUAUGCAGCCGGCAUGCAGUGUGCCGAUUGCAAGUACACCUGUCAUCGCAAGUGCUAUCCCAAGGUCGUCACCAAGUGUAUCAGCAAGGCCAACUACGAGACCGAUCCCGACGAGGAGAAGAUCAACCACCGUAUCCCGCAUCGUUUCGAAGGAUUUGCCAACAUUUCGGCCAACUGGUGUUGCCACUGCGGUUACUUGCUUCCCUUUGGACGCAAGAGUGCCAAGAGAUGCUCAGAAUGCGGUCUCGCCUGCCACGCUCAUUGCACGCAUUUGGUACCUGACUUCUGUGGCAUGUCCAUGGAGGCAGCAAACCAAAUCUUGGAAACACUGAUUCGCGCGAAGAAUCACAACAAAUCAACAUCUGUUAGUUCCGGUCUAAGCGGUCGCACCCUUCGACCAGGCGGCCCGCCUCAAGCCCCCCAAGAUAACGCAGCACUUGCGUACCCACAAAAGCCAGUCGAGGGCCCUUACGGGGGACCACCCCCUAGACGAGCUUCUGCCGAAGCUGUGAGCGCCGCCACUAACUCGUAUAUCCCACCACAGUCACCAACUGCUGUUGCCCAACGGCAACAGAUGCCCAUAAGGACCACACCAACAGCAGGUCCUGCCGCCGCUGCUGCCGCGGCGGCAACAGGGUUGCGUUCUCCUCAGCAGCCCCCGGGUAUGUCUUCUUCGAACUUGGUCGAUAACAAGACGAUACUGACGCAUGCCUUUGCAGUCGAUAUGGGUCGCCCAGUACAGCCGCAGCCGCAGCCGCCUUCGCAUGCACCGUACGACCCUUCUGCAUAUGUGUCUUAUCAACAGCAAGCUAUGCCCCCGCCACAAGCUAUGCAAAAGGUCGGUUCGCCAUAUGGUAUGCCUUCACCGCAACAGCCUGUUCCUGCAAUGCAACCGCCGGUCCCUGUCAAGGAAGACAUUCCUACAGCGCAAGCCAAGGCCCGCAUUGGAUUGGACCACUUCAACUUCCUUGCUGUGCUUGGUAAGGGUAACUUCGGUAAGGUCAUGCUGGCAGAGACGAAGAGUGCCAAAAAGCUUUAUGCCAUCAAGGUGUUGAAGAAAGAAUUCAUUAUCGAGAACGACGAAGUGGAGAGCACCAAGUCCGAGAAGCGCGUCUUCUUAGUUGCUAACAAGGAACGUCACCCCUUCUUACUGAACCUUCACGCCUGUUUCCAGACAGAGACCCGUGUGUACUUCGUCAUGGAGUACAUUAGUGGUGGUGAUCUGAUGCUGCACAUUCAGCGAGGCCAGUUUGGUCUGAAGCGCGCACAGUUCUAUGCCGCGGAAGUCUGUCUAGCUCUCAAGUACUUCCACGAGAACGGUGUCAUUUACCGUGACUUGAAGCUGGAUAACAUUCUUUUGACUUUGGAUGGUCACAUUAAGAUUGCAGACUAUGGUCUCUGUAAGGAGAACAUGUGGUAUGGCUGUACCACUAGCACUUUCUGUGGUACUCCUGAGUUCAUGGCUCCUGAGAUUCUCCUGGAUAAGAAAUACGGCCGUGCUGUUGACUGGUGGGCGUUUGGUGUCCUCAUCUACCAGAUGCUCCUUCAGCAGUCUCCCUUCCGUGGUGAAGACGAAGAUGAAAUUUACGACGCCAUUCUCGCUGAUGAGCCUCUGUACCCGAUUCACAUGCCUCGUGACUCGGUUUCGAUCCUUCAGAAGCUGCUCACCCGUGAGCCUGAGUUGCGUCUUGGUUCGGGACCAACAGAUGCUCAGGAAGUCAUGUCUCAUGCUUUCUUCCGGAACAUCAACUGGGAUGACAUCUACCACAAGCGUGUGCCCCCGCCAUUCCUGCCUACUAUCAGCAACCCCACCGAUACCAGCAACUUCGACACGGAGUUCACCAGUGUCACUCCGGUUCUUACGCCGGUGCAAUCAGUCCUCUCCCAGGCCAUGCAGGAAGAAUUCCGGGGCUUCUCCUACACUGCGGACUUUGCCUAA